AUGGCCAUGGCUUCUCACAUUGGGCUCAGACCAGACACAGGAGUUCCCAAACUGGAGCGAACAGCUUCAGAUUCUGGCAUCAUCUCUCCUCGGCCAAGAGAUGAGCGAUUGCCGAUGUUAGGAAUGUACGGAACACCACCAGGGCUAGAACCAAGAUUACCUCAACGUUUGCCAGAAGGGGAUUCCAGUAAACCACUCGACUUGCAGAUAAACGGACACCAUAAAGAUAAGGAAUCAGAGGCUUCCAGAAGCGAUGACGAUUGCGACGUUGAUGAUGACAAGUUGUCUGAGGAGGAGAGGCAGGAUGAAGACCUCGACGACAGCUACGACAGCGAAGACUACCACACUAGCGACGUGGCAGACAAACCCACCAGACCCGGACACAGCAGCAACCCGUUCGCUUCCAUGAACGGCGACGCCGAGUUCACAGACUUCGAAUCGUUUGUGGCCAAGUUCAACGCUGUCGUUCGGGCGCUGGUCGAUGCGGCUAAAGCAGUGGAAAGGCGGGCCAGCGAGGAGAAGAACCAGAUAAGCGUGGAGCUGUUGAAAGAGAAAGAGCGACGAAUUGAGCUGGAAAAAGCCAUGCAGGAAGAGAGGAAAAAGCGAGAAUUUUUUCAACGUAGAGUCCGCCGCCUGAAGAGAGCCCUGAGAUCCGAAACGUCACACGAAACAGGAAAAUCCUCAGAAAAAGCUGAAAGACCACAACCGGAGUCUAGCCCGGAACCUGCGAUGCGAAAUACACAAG